GACUGUCUGUCAUGGCGUAAAGAAGUGUACAUUUCUGUGCACAGUAAAACAAAAAUAAUGAUUCUCAGACGAUUUAUUUUGCGAUUGUGCUGUAAAAACUUUUGUUUAAGAUAUAAAGUAUCAUGAUUAAAGUGUGCUAGUUAUAUUUAGACGUAAGUGUGCGUUAAAAUGGACAAGAAAAAUGCCAUUAGGAGAGCCAAGAGGCCGUCUAAAGUGCUCGAAGAAAAUUAUUGGGAUUGCAGCGUUUGUACGUACAGAAAUAAUGCGGAAGCCUUCAAAUGUUCAAUGUGCGACGUUAGAAAAGGCACAUCGACCCGCAAGCCGCGGAUCAACCCGGCCCUGGUUGCGGCCCAGGCAGCUGGUACCGCGCCCACCAGCUCGCAGAAGAGGCCCCGCUCUGCCAACUCUCUCAAGAAGAAACGGAGGCCGCCGCGGCUGAGCAAUGUGGAUAGGAGCUCUGCGCAGACUAGAGAGGUGACCGUCAGUGGGGUAACUGUUGUUAUAACUGAAUACAGGCCCAAGAAAUCUGUGUCGAGCAGUUCAAGUGAUGUGGAGUCUUCGAAUGACGCGAGACCCUGACUCUCGGCCGCGUUGGCACUCGCACCAACGACCCAAACAUAGACUUUGACUAGUUCCAGUAGCAGUGUUUUGUUUUACAGAUUUUAAUUCCUAUCCCUCCCUUCGAAAUAUUUAUUAAGAUUGUCCGUAUUUGUAGAUUAAUUUCUAUGUAUAUUCCAGUAGAUACUGUGUAUGUUUUCUUUUUUUAUCUAUUAAUAUUGUAACGCAAUGGUGUGUCUGAUUUAAGCAAUAAUUUGACAGCUCAAACGCAUUUAAAUCGUCUGAGUAUGACCUUUAUGUUUUUAAUUUUCUUAUGAAUUCGACAAGAUAUUUUCGAAAAGGUGUGAUCAAAAUAGAAAUGUAAGCAUAGUUGGUUGAAAUAUCGCUUUUCGAAAUCGUAACUAAGCUUUACUUAAUGCCAUUAAAUAUUUCGAAAAAUGUAACUUAUCUUAGGAGUAGGUUUUUUUCAUUGAUUAAAAUUUUUGUAAAGGAUUGAUGUACAUAUUGAAGAGACCAGCUGGUCACUGCCAAAAGAUGAAUUGUAAAUAAAAAUGAUGAAGAUGCGGCGGUUUAUAUGUAGUAGUUUCGAAUAUUUUCUUAUAUUAAAUGAGCCAGGUGCUCUGUCUAAAUGUUUUAGGGUCUGCUUAAACGUCAGAUCGAAUAAUUCUGACUUUACUUUGUACCAUAAGUAGAAUUGCUUUAUGGUCAUCUACACAACUUCUGGAUAAGACUUGAUUAAUCUUAUUAAUUUUUUAAACAAAUCUUUUCCUGAAGUUGUGACCUGGCCUUUUCAGACUAUAAUAUGAGUUUGUCAUGAUGUUUUUUUUUACUUUAUUAUAAAGAAACAAUGAUGUACGAUUUUUAAAUAUGGAGGAAAUGCCUUAAAAUUUUAAUAUGCAUAAAAAGCAAUACAAAACUAUUAUUUUUUUAAUAAGUAUUGUUGGUAAUCAUUUUAAUAAAUGAUAAUGGAACGCACAAAACAUUCGUUAAAUGGUCAAGCAAUAAUAUUUUUGUAACAUAACUAGGGUUUGCAAUGUAAAUUCUGUCAUAAUUUUAUUUCGAUUGUUCAUAAUUAAUUCUCAAUACAUAAUUCUCAAGUACCGGUAAAUAGGAUCAAGUUUGAAAAUAACCCUAGUAUGAAAAAAAUAAAAUAAAACAAUGGUGUAAAAAAAGCGAUGUGAUUUUUUGACACAAAAAAAUAUUCGCGUUUCUGCAUAAGCCGCUUUUUUGCUUAAACAAAAAAUUCGGCAGUAAUCCACAAUUUCAAAGAAAUGGUUUUAAGUGCGUAAAGGGGUCUACACACCAAAGCCGCUGACCCGGCGGCACAGCCCGGCGGCACGACUGCCGCGGCAUGUGGUGUUCUAGUAAUUGUCAAAUACUCUAUGAAAGCCGGCGGCAUGAUUGUACAAAAUACGGCCGGCGGGUUGGGCCGCCGAGCUGUGCCGCCGGCAUCAGCGGCUUUGGUGUGUAGAGACCUUAAGGAUUACCUGAAAAUUUUUGACAUCUAUUAAAACGCCUGAAAAGUGCUCUGCAGAGAGCAUGAGAAGUCAUGUAUUAAAAAUCCACGAUAUCUGUAAGUUACCAAAAAAAUUAGCGGCCCUAUCGUGUUCCAAGCAUUGACUAAGUAUUUAUUCUAGCUUUAAGUUAUUGUUAAGUUAAUCACAAUGUCCGUGCUUCAGACAUUUUUACACAAAAUCUGUUUAAUUGUAUUAAAAAUGUAUUAAGCUGGAUCAAACAGUAAAUAUGUUUUUUUUUUUUCAAUAAAUGCAUUUUAGGGUCAGUGGUCCAAGCCAACAUUGGUCGAAGUCCCAGUGGCCGAUGCCCCCGAUUCGGUUAAUUUAAUUAAAGGCAAUUUUCGGAGGCGUCGGCCACAGGUGCUUCGACCAUUGGGGGCCACUGACCCGCAUUUUAGGGACAAUUAAAUAGAUAUUGUGUAAAUGUGCAAAUUUUAAAUAUUUGACAAUACAAUUCGAUGUGUAUGCUAUGAUGUAAAAUAUUUUAAUUAUUUAUUUUAUUUUUAUAUUAACAUCACGCGUGUUUCGCCUAGAGGGCAGUAAAGAGGUAUUUAACAUUUCGCCAGCUAUAAAUAUAUGAAAUUGUAUAAUAAAAUAUUAAAGAGUUCUAGAAAUGUUUUACUUAGAUAUGAAUAUUUUUGAUCUAGCGCACAUAUACGGUUUUUGCAACUUUGUUGUGGUGUAUAAAUUUUAGAAAUAAUGUUAUUAUUAUCGAUAGAACUGCACGGUAGAUUUUCAUAUUUUAUAUCUAAUGUUUGCAAUUUUAAGCACAGUAUAUUGUAUAAUUUCCAAGAGAUAUGCGUGUAUCAUUUAAAUUCGUAGUUGACAUAUCUAUUCAUAUGUGACUCUAUGGUAAAAUCGUAUGUGUGCGCUAGGCCUUACGCCGGCAAUACAAGGACCGCUGGAAGCAGUCAGGGGCGAUACCUUCAAGCUGUCGACUGCACAGUGAACUGCAGAGUUCUAUGGACGCACAUACACGAACCGAUCGAGCAGUUGCAACUGAUCCGGGCGGUCGACAGCUUGAAGCUGACGCCCCCGACUGCUUCAAGCGGUCCGUGUAUUGCCGGCCUUACAGUGCGGCACGAUGUCCUUCAGUGGCCGCCCGCCCGAGGUCGUGGGCUAAUUAGUCCAUUUUACUCCAACUAAUUAAUACGCUAGAUAUUCCAUUUUGAUAAAAACACCCUUACAAGUCAAAGUAUUAUUAGAAAUUUCGAAGCAAAAAGUUGCCACAUAAAAAAAAUAAUUCGCGAACAAUUUUUGUUCGUUAUUUUUGUACGAAAAAAAAUCAACGGUUUUUUGUUCGUUUUUUAAAUAAUAAUUAUUAUUCAUAAAAUUAAAAUUUUGUAACUAUUAUUAGUAUUAAAACGGGUGCAUGUAAAUUUUUGUAAUUAGAUACCAUUUUUGUAUGGAUUUGUAAGAUUUUUAAAUGAAAUAGAAUCGGGACUUCCUAAUGUUUCUUCCUCCAUACUGUACUGGUUUAGAUAAUGUACAGUUGAAAUAAUAUAUCCACAUCUUUGUCGCAGAGUAAUUGUAAUAAAUAACAUUACCAAUCUAUUUAGAAAUAUUCUAUGAAUCGAAUUAUAAAGGCUCUUCUGCACUGAUGCGGUAAAAUCGCGCGGUUUGAACGUGGUUUAACUUGACUCUUGUGUUGCUCUGUGUGACAGCUAAAUAAUGCAAACAAUAACAGAGUCACAAUAACAAAUUAUUUAUGUAACUGAUCUAAUCCUUUUUGAAAUUUUUCAUGAGUUUCUGAUAUGAUUUUUCUGAGGCGUCAUGAACUUAAGUAAUACUUAGUGCAUCACAUCUUAAAAUAAUCACAAUUAUUUAUUUAAUUAACAUAAGAUUAUGCAUUUUUUAUUAUCUCAUCUUUCAAAGUGCAAUAAAACUCCGCGCGAUUUCACUAUAUCCGUGUGAAAAACCUUUAAGUAUUCCAUUUUACCUCUCACCACGAGUUCUUCCUAUAAUCUCCAUUGUAUGUAGUAAAGCUUUUGAAUCUCGAAUCGGGCAAUGUCGGCCAUUUGCAAUCACUCUGCGACGAAUCACUGUUUACUCUGAAAACUGACAUCUGUGAAGCUGGCACGAAAGAAAGCUCUAAUGUUACCAUAAAAGGAAAAAAAGAAACAUAGGUGCACUCACUGGUUUAAGAAAAUCGAGUAAAAUUAGAUCUUAAUUUAUCGUUGUUGGAAGUCUAGAAAAACCUCUAAACUUUUUGAAGCAGGCAUUUUAUUGUUUGUGUAAGAAACAUGACAAAAUAAAAUACAUAAGUGAUUAUUUCCUUUUUACGGUAACAUUAGUGGUUUUAUGCUAGGUUCACUAAUGUAUGAUAACUUCUGUCGGUUGUAUAGUUAUCGGCACGGAUAUUGAGCCCUGACCUUCACCUGCGCAGAAGCGAUUCAUUGGUUUAUUGCCUUAUGCGUACAGUGCGCAAAGCGAUCCCUACUCUUCCGCCGAGAGCUCAAUAUCCGUGCCGGUAACUAUACCUUGCAUAAAAUAUUGAACCUUUUUACUUCGUAGUCGGGUUAAAACUUAUCAAAUGUCCCUUGUGUCUGCAAAUGUAUGUUUCGUUUAGCUAAUUUGUUUCAUGUCAAGUGGGAGUAUGAUUUUUGUUGAUUAUUUGAUCUUCAAUACAAAUAGAUAAUUAAUUUAAUUAUUGUCGUGUGAUUCCUAUACAAGGUAUGAACGCCCUUUUAAUUAUUAAUUGCUAAAUUAAAAUCUAUUUAUUCUUACCGCUAUGAUUUCUAGAUUUAAUUUAUAAUCUGUGGUGGACUCUGUGACAUUACGAUAGUGUUGCAAGUAAUAAAAUACUAUUUUUGUACGUUGUCUAUGCACAGAGUCCCGCUUGUCUAUGGUACGGCUAAAUGUUAACUUAAUGUGUAACGUAGAGCUAAAUGUUAAUUAUUUUUAAGUUCUAUAUCAAUGUACUGUACUGUAUAUAAAGGAUGUGGAAAGUA